UGCUGGUCUUAAGUGCUGACAAUGAUUAAAGUAAUUAAGUUCCUAGUCCACUGUUUUGAUGUUACUGGUUGGCAGGAAGAUGAUUUUAACUCAGGUUUUGCUGUUUUGGCUUUUUCUUGCCUCUACGUUUGGGCAGAAAGUGAUCGACUGUUCAGCUAAUGCAGCAGUCACUAUACAGUGGAGGCCGGAGUUAAACUGGGCCCAAAAGCUGGAUCUUUCGAAAGCUCAUCUGGGAAGUUGUCCACCCUCGAGUAUAUCUAUGGAACACGAUAUGCUGCUGUUCUCCGUCUGGCUUCAUGACUGUGGCUUUAAACGACUGGUGAGUGAGGGCAAAGUGACCUACACCAACGUGCUGACUUAUAGCCUGGAUGCUGGACUUUCUCCCAUUACUGAGCUGGUAGAAUGCGUUUAUGACUUCAAUAGCACUGAUCUGGAUAUGGACAACGUGAACAAUGACCGUGUCUUCACUCUGGCGCUGAUGAACAGUGAUUUUAAUGGCCCUGCACCAUCCACCGUGUUCACAAUUGGCACGAAGAUUCACAUCCGGGCCAAAGUGAAACAGCAGGAACUCACAGCUGUACAGAUUUUCCUGCAGCGCUGCAUGCUAGCAAACACUCCAGAUCUCUCUCAGUACAGCCAGCUACAUGUGCUUAUUUCUGAUGCUGGGUGUCUUACAGAAAGUAAAGAAGGAAACGCGACGUUCUUGCCCAGACGGGAACCCUCCGAAAUUCGCCUUUAUAUUCAAGCCUUUAGAUUUGCCUUGGGAGAACAAGUUUUCCUUCAUUGUGACAUGACCACAGGGGAUCUUCAGCACUUUAGUGUUUAUGAGAAAUCCUGCCAAUACUUGCAUGACCAAAGCAGGUGGGAGCUUCUUGAUGAUCCAGCCCAAAGUUAUAUCUGUAGCUGCUGUGAAUCUCUUACUUGCAUGCAUUGGAACAACUUUGAAUCUGGGACAUACACACGGCAGGUUCUUGGGCCUUUUACAAUGGUUGAGUCACGACCUGGUGCUUCGGAUAAGUACACAUUCUGGACAGCAGAACAAGGAUUGGGAGGUGUUCCUGUGUGGCUCGUGGCACUUGCUGUUUGCCUGAUUCUGAUCUUGAUGGCUGCAGCCGUUGCGACGAGCUACUACCUGUGUUUUUGGAGAGGUGGAAGGUUGGGAUACCGACCAAGCCGAGAACUUCUGAAUAAAUAUUAACCUUUUUUGGUUUAAAGAUUGAAAAA